AUGUCACUCCGGAGUAGCAGUCUCUAUCUUCUUUUCAUGGUUCUAGUGCUUCUGUCCUGUACAUCCUUCACAUUAGCUUCCACACCAGCAUCAUUCUGCAAAUGUACCUGCUUCACAAAUAGCACGAUUAUACCCUUGGACUCUCCGAAUCCCGAGUCGACUCCACCUCUUAAUUCCUUUGACCUUCGCGAUGACAACGCUACGUCUCACGAGAAAAGGGUCAACAAAUAUCGCGCUCUGAGCUGCAAUGACUGCAAUCGCAAGUUCUGCCUGGAUUAUAAUCUACCGAUGUGUAAAGGCGCAAAGGAAGAUGAUGUCUUCACAACCUGCUUCCAGCGAGAUUCCAGGAAGGACGAGGCUAUAGUCUUCAUCUUCAUCAUCGCCACCAGCGGUCUCCUGACCUGGGCAGCUUGCAAGCCAUGGGUAGAAAAGUGGCUCGAGGCAGCACGAGAAAGACGAUCGUAUAUUCCAGUUUCUGAGAACGCUGAACGUUAG